UAAUCUCUAGUUUGGAAGGUUUCACUCCAGAGAGUUACAAUAUACAUGUGCUGCAUAAUUUUUCAAGUUUAACCUGUUAAACUUCAUUCUACCCAAAUGUCUGUAUUUCAGAUGGAUCAGUUAUCAGAUGAAGAAAUUGACCAUGGUGCUGAAGAAGACAGUGAUAAGGAAGAUCAGGACCUGGACAAAAUGUUUGGAGCCUGGCUAGGGGAGCUAGACAAACUCACUCAGAGUUUGGAUUCUGACAAGCCCGUGGAACCAGUAAAAAGAUCUCCUCUUCGUCAGGAAACAAAUAUGGCCAAUUUUUCUUAUCGCUUCUCCAUAUACAACUUGAAUGAAGCUCUGAAUCAGGGAGAAACUGUGGAUCUGGAUGCCCUGAUGGCCGAUCUUUGCUCCAUAGAGCAGGAGCUCAGCAGUAUUGGUGCAGGAAAUAGUAAGCGUCAAAUCACAGAAACAAAACCCACUCAGAAAUUACCUGCCAGCCGACAUACAUCAAAACAUGGCACUUUGAAAGGAUUGUCUUCAUCUAACAGGAUAACUAAACCAUCACAUGCCAACUACUCCCUGGAUGACAUCACUGCACAGUUAGAACAGGCUUCCUUGAGCAUGGAUGAGGCUGCUCAGCAAUCUGUACUAGAGGAUACUAAGCCCUCAGUAACUAAUCAGCACAGAAGAACAGCAUCAGCAGGCACAUUGAGUGAUGCUGAAGUGCGCUCUAUUAGUAACUCCUCUCGUUCCAGCAUCACCUCUGCAACCUCCAGCAUGGACUCUUUGGAUAUUGAUAAAGUAACACGCCCUCAAGAACUGGAUUUGACACAUCAGGGGCAGCCAAUUACUGAGCAUGCUAUUUCUCUGAGAUGUUCCAGCAAGCAGGCCAAGCAUCAUAUUGACUUCACAGAAGAGCAGGCUGAGCUGACACCUCACUCCUAUCUGGACAGGGAAACCUCCCUUCUUCUGAGAAACAUUGCAGGAAAACCUUCUCAUUUGCUGACCAAGGAAGAACAGGCAGCAAAAUUGAAAGCUGAAAAGAUCAGAGUUGCCCUGGAGAAAAUUAAAGAGGCACAAGUGAAAAAGUUGGUGAUUAGAGUCCACAUGUCUGACGAUAGUUCUAAAACAAUGAUGGUGGAUGAGAGGCAGACAGUGAGACAAGUGCUGGAUAACCUAAUGGACAAAUCCCACUGCGGUUAUAGUUUAGACUGGUCGCUGGUAGAAACCAUCUCUGAAUUACAAAUGGAGAGAAUCUUUGAAGACCAUGAAAACUUGGUUGAAAAUCUUCUUAAUUGGACAAGAGAUAGCCAAAACAAGCUUGUAUUUAUGGAACGUAUAGAAAAAUAUGCACUUUUCAAAAACCCACAGAAUUAUCUUCUGGGGAAAAAGGAAACUGCUGAGAUGGCAGAUAGAAACAAAGAAGUGCUAUUGGAGGAAUGUUUUUGUGGAAGUUCUGUAACUGUACCAGAAAUUGAAGGAGUCCUGUGGUUGAAAGAUGAUGGCAAAAAGUCGUGGAAAAAGCGUUAUUUUCUCUUGCGAGCAUCUGGUAUCUACUAUGUCCCUAAAGGAAAAGCAAAGGUCUCUAGGGAACUGGUAUGCUUUCUCCAACUGGAUCAUGUCAAUGUUUAUUAUGGACAGGACUACCGGAACAAAUACAAAGCACCUACAGAUUAUUGUCUGGUGCUAAAGCACCCACAGAUCCAGAAGAAAUCUCAGUACAUCAAGUACCUUUGUUGUGAUGAUGUGAGGACCCUGCAUCAAUGGGUCAAUGGUAUCCGCAUUGCAAAGUACGGGAAACAGCUCUACAUGAACUAUCAAGAAGCCUUGAAGAGGACAGAGUCAGCUUAUGAUUGGACUUCCUUAUCCAGCUCCAGCAUUAAAUCAGGAUCCAGUUCUUCAAGCAUCCCAGAGUCUCAGUCAAAUCAUUCUAAUCAGUCUGACAGCGGAGUAUCUGAUACUCAGCCAGCAGGACAUGUCCGCUCCCAGAGUAUUGUGAGCUCCAUCUUCUCUGAAGCCUGGAAACGUGGUACUCAGUUGGAAGAGUCCAGCAAGUUCUGCAAGUGAAAAUCUGAAACCAUAGGGUUUUAAGAAGUCCACCAAGAACAGCCCAGGUAAAAACCAAUCACAAAUCUUUCUAAAACAGAUUUACUUUGUAACAAAACAAGCUGGAUUUUUCUCAAAGCCAGACCAUGUUUAAAAAAUUCAGUUCCAAACAGUUUACAAAGGUCACCCCAAAUGCUACUUUUUUCCCCCAGGGCAAAAUUUUAAUGUGAUGGUCCAAAUCAAUUCAUAUAUCACAGCAUUUUCUUU